GACAUAUUCACUUCCUUUCUCUAUCACAAUUUUAAAAAGGCGGGCGACUGGAUGUACAGAAAAAAUCAAUUUUUUUGUACAGGAUGAAUUGGAUAACAAACAGCACUAAGAUGGAAAUGACACAAACCAAACAAUCUAUCAUAUCUCAACGGUUCAAGUAUUUGGCAAGCUUGCGGUUAAGGAAACUCCCUUGAAUGGGAUCAUAGAUUUAUAAAGGGAGACUUCCUAAAUCGUUAGCUCCCCGCGCUUUGGAAUUUGUUUCCCAUUCUCCCAAAAAGCCUCAUUGUCCCAAAGCAUCCGCUGAAAGUUGAAGACAUGCAUCCAGUUGUUAUCAGUUGUCUCGGGAUGUUGAUGAGCGUCCUGAAGAUUGAUGGGUUCAAGGCUUGUCCCCAACGCUGCUCCUGUUACGAUGCCUCGCAUUUCGUGGACUGCAAAGGGCGCUCUCUGAGCCACAUUCCCAGGGACAUCCCGCACAGCACCUGGAUGUUAGACUCCGGUACCAACAGCUUGAGGGAAAUCCCCAGCGGUGCUUUCCACGGCCUCUGGGGCCUGAGGAUCAUCCUGCUGCCUCACAAUCGAAUCGAGCACAUCCACCGGGGAGCUUUUCAAUCUCUGUCCUUCCUGGAGAGGUUGGAUCUGAACCAGAACCACAUACAGCACUUGCCUGCGGACUUUUCGGACAGGUUACAGCGCUUGCUGGAACUGCGGUUGUCCAACAACUGGCUCGAGUACAUCCACUACAACAGUAUGAAGUCUUUCGAGCAUUUGGAGAAAUUAGACUUAAGUGGGAACAGAAUCACUUCCAUGGCAACAGGGGUUUUCAGGGGUUUGUAUAAACUCCGCCACCUGUUGUUGAAAAACAACAGGCUGCAUAUCAUUGAGGUUGGAUACUUCUUUAUGCUUCACAGCUUGGAAGCUCUGCACUUGGAAAACAACAACAUUACAAGCAUCGAGGGAGAAGCCUUUGCUUCCUUGCACAGCCUGAGCCUCCUGUGUCUAAAUGGAAACCAUUUAAACCACAUCAAGUUCAAAACCUUCUUGAACAUCCAGACCCAGGGCACUCACCUGCAACUUGCGGAUAACCGCUGGGUUUGCAACUGUGACCUUCAGAGGGAGUUUGGGAAGAUCUCCAGUAUUCGCCAUCUGCAUGUGGAUGAUUAUGGCAACAUCAGCUGUUCAGAGCCCGGGCAGCUCCGAGGUGACUUGCUGAUGGCUGUGGACUCGCAGCUCUGUAUCGCUGAGACUGCUACUGUGCUGGUGAUAACUGGGACGGUGCUGGUGACAGUCGUCGCUGCCAUUGUCAUGGCCGAGAGAAACCGCAAGAAAAGCAGCAAAAAGAACUGGAACGACAGUGAGGGGCCCUUGGAUUCCCAGGAGAAGUGAUGUUUUUUCGCCCCCCCAAAUCGUCUAAUUCGGAAGGCAGUUUCUACUGCCCGCCAGACCCUAAUAGUAUCGG